AUCACCGUUUGUUUUACUAAAAAAAAAAAAAGUUCAGCUUUUAAAGACGCAUUUCGCGGUUGCACGAGGGAUAAAAACGGCUCGUUUGUAAAAGAUGGCCCGCGAAUGUACUGAAAAAAGUAUUUCUCUCGGUCAAACGGAAGAAGAGGGUGCUGAGCAUGACAGCGACUCCACAUCAUCGAGUUUCAGCGGCUCCGAAUACUCUGAUGACUUGGAACCAGAAUGGCUGGAUCACAUCCAGAAGAAUGGCGAGCUCUUCUACCUGGAGCUGAGCGAGGGCGAGGAAGAGGCUGCAUUGGCUCAAGCCACCGCCAAUCAGGGCGGGGCCACUAAUCAUGUUCGCUUUAGUGAAAAGGAGGCCGAGAUCUUCACGGAGCAAAACAAGAAGCACCGAUGCGGCUCACAGACGAAAGGUGCGCCCACGCUUAAAAAGCUAGCCAGCAUCCUGAGGAGAAAACAGCGGCCAUCUCAGCACAGAGCAGGAGGAGGGAAGGACGGGAGUAAAGACGCCUCCACUCCAGCAUCCAUCCUGAAGAACCAGCCGGGUCAAAGCCAGGGCGUGAGGGUUCGGCAGUUGAAGGAAGUGUGCGUCUACCUCAACCCUAAACGUCUCGGAGGGUCAUCAACGCCUCUCUCUGACGGUGGCGGGCUGCUGGAGGCGCUGCUGGGGGUUGUGCACCGCCCCACCUGGAGCAGAGGACAGGGAGACCCCGCAGCGGUCAGACAGAAAGAGAGACUGACUGUUCAUGGAUUAAUACCAAACAGCCCCGCCAUCAAAUGUGGCCAAAUCCUCAUUGGUGAUGUGCUUGUAGCGGUGGCCGAUGUGGACGUGACCUCGGAAAACAUCGAGAGAGUUCUGUCCUGCAUCCCGGGACCAACACAGGUGAGGCUGACGUUGGAGUCGGUGGCUCAGGUGGACGACAGCAGUGCACAGGCCCGUAAGGUGAAGGCUGCUCCGCCAGUCAGCCAGCUGGUGCGUCUGCUGUGGGGGGAGGACACGGUGGAACUUCAGAUGUCCAUAGGACACAUCCCACACAUUGUCCUGUACCUCUCGCUCAAACUGGACUCUGCAUCACCGCAGGACGAGGAGGAGAUCCUCUACCAGUACCCGCUGUCUGAGGCCUCCAGCCAGCUGAAAGGAGUGAGAGGGAUCUUCCUCACUCUGUGUGACAUGCUGGAGAACGUCACAGGAGGCCGGAUACUCAGCUCUUCUCUCCUGCUGGGGAAACAUCUGGUCCAUGUGGGCUACUGGAAGGAGAGCAGCAACCUGCUGGUCAUCGGUCUUCCUGCUGACAUUGUUCCACUGCUGUAUCUGCAGACGGUGGUGGGAGACGUGGUCCGGACAUUAAAAGUGAUGUACGGCUCCUUAGACAGUGCGUUCUGUACGGCGGACCACGCUCCGAGGUUGGACCACUUCUUCUGCCUCUUCUUCCAGCAGCUCAUCCAGCCGUCUCGUUUGAGGGACGUCUCCUCUUCCCCGACCCCCAAGGUCUCAGGGACACUUUUUCUCGACGGACUGCCGGCAGUCCGAUGGCUCACGCUGCCUCCAGAAAUCAAGAUGGAGGUGAAUUCUGUUCUUUCUGAUUUUGAGUCUUCUGAUUUUGGAGAAAUGUCCGAGGACUUUUUGGGCCUGAGGCGUCUGUAUGUAAUUCUUGGUUCCUGUUUGUUCUACAAGCCCUACCUGAUCGCCAACCAUCUGCCCAAAGAGGACCUGCUGGACGUGUGCCUGUACUGUCAGCACUACUGCCUGCUGCCGCUGGCGUCGGAGCAGCGGGUGGGUCAGCUGGUCAUCUGGAGGGAAGUGUUCCCCCAGCAGAGAGCUCAGAGCAACGCCUCCGCUCUGCACUGCAGCCAGCCUCAAAGACGCCACUUCCUCCUCAUCGUGGGGCUGAGGCACUUCAUGCAGUGUGUGCUGUUGGAGGCCGGUGGCUGUGCCGCACCAGCUCUGGGCUCUCAGGGACCUGAUUGUGUUUACGUAGAUCAGGUGAAGGCCACCUUGCUGCAGCUGGAGAUGUUGGAAGCAGGUAUUGAGGAGCGUCUGAACGCUCCUCCUGCUCCCUGCCUGUCCUGUGCAGACUGGUUCCUUCCUGCCACCACGGCCCGCGACCGCCUGGACAGCCUGGCCUCCUCCUCCCCCGUCUUCAGCAAGCUAGCCGGGGCAGUUAAGGGCUCCUCCUCCACGGGGUCCAGGGGCCGCAGCCUGUUUGGGGAGAAGGCCCGCAGGUCCAGCCCCCAGAGGAGCCUGUCAGACAGCGGGAGUGAGGGACAGAUGGAUGCUGGGUCGGGGUCUGGUUCAUCGGUGGCUCCAGGCCUCAGUCCACACUCCACCCCGGAGUCAGGGAGGAAGCUGGGGGGGCGACGGGACUCGCUGGGGUCUGGAGGGUCUGAUGGGAGUGGAGGCAGUGGAGGCCUCUUCAAGAUUCCCAGGAUGAAGCACCCAAACCCUUUCUACCUGGGCACCCUGAAGAAGACUCUGACUGAAAAAGAGACAGAGGAGAUGUACAACACCAUGAAACUGACCUCAGGUGCAGAAAACACCUUGUUCCACUACGUUCUGAUGGAAACUGUUCAGGGGAUCUUCAUCGCUCCCACUCACAGAGAGGUGGCUCAGCUCAGCGGCUCCAUCCACCCACAGCUUAUCCGCAACUUCCACCACUGCUGCCUUUCCAUACGAGCAGCCUUUCAGCAGAGCUUACCAGCCAGGGGCCGUCGGGCUGCAGACCGGCCUCAGCCCGGUGGUUGGGGUCUGGGUCCAGUGAAGGAACACGGGGUCCUGUUUCAGUGUAAACCUGAGAACUGGACCGACCAGAAGAAACCAGCUCCCACCAUGACCUACUGGGUUAUCGGACGGAUGUUGCUGGAGCCCGUCCCUCAGGAAUUCUACGUGUGUUUCCACGACUCGGUGGCAGAGGUUCCUGUCGAGAUGGCCUUCAGACUCUCCUUCGGCCUGGCCCUGUGAUCAAUAAUGGACACACAAACAACUGCAAGGUUUCUCCUUACACCAGUUCUGUCUCAGGUGUCUGAAUAUAACAAUGUGCCUGCAUUUCACGGCAUAAUGUGACUGUGGCCUCGCAGCAGUUUAAACCAGGUCAUUUGUGCGUCAAGAAAAGCCAGUGAAUACCUCAAACUCUUUGGUGCAAACCUCUCGUGAGAGCCCCAAAAAAAUUCUGCUGCCACAAACUUUACUAAGCUGGACGGAUAAAAACUACGCUGCUGCAUGUUCACAGAGCAAAUAAUGUUAUAUUGAUGUUUUCACAGAUUGUUUGCAUUGUUGCAAAGACAUUUCAUUUGUGACUUAAUUUAAGAUGUACAGUUUUGUAUUGAAUUUGAGUCAUUUGUUAGAAAGAAAUUGAGAUUAAAGAAGCAGUUUAAAGUCUCGUUUUUUUAUUCUUUCAAAACUAAUUUGCUUGUCGUACUCUCUUUACAUGAUCUUUACAUUAUUCACAAAGUGAGAAGUAGUCCAAGCUGAGGUUGUCAGGAGAAAUGAUACUUUUUCAAUGUUUAAAAUUGCCUCUAUGAAUUAUACAUUCAGUCUAUCAGAAGCACUGGAAAAAACAACAAAAUUGUC